CUCUCUCCUCUCUCUUCUUUCCCUCUCUCUCUUCCGAAUACUCACAUCUCGCACAGAGAACAAAACCCAGAUUGAAGAAUAAGAAUCAAUCACUGUAAUCUCUCUCUCGAACUCUCUGGGUCUCGACGCCCUCAGUCUGCGGUUUCAUCUUCCCUCCUUCUUCCUUUUCUUGCCCCCUGCUUUUUGAUGCUUUUGCCCUUUCCACUGCUCAAUCCUAUCAAGAUUUCGAUACCCACCACCCACCCAAUAUUCCUUCUCUUGUUCUUGAUAACGAUCCUGCCCCAAGCCCUCCCCUUUCCAACCCCCGAGUCGAUCGACACCCACGACAGCAAGAGGGUCGCCGCAGCCAUGAAGGUCCACCCCGUGCCCAGCAAGAAGAGGAACAUCACGGUCCAGUUCGACCCGAGAAACGCCUCGAUCGAGGCGCAGGCCCUCGUCGGCGUCGUCGCCGCCCACCACAAGAAGCUCCGGAGGCUCCCCCACAUCUUCAGCCGCGUCCUCGAGCUGCCCUUCCGGGCGGACGCCGACGUGGAGGUGGAGGAAGGCCCCGGGUUCUUCCGCUUCGUCGCCGAGACCGACGGGAUCGGCUCCGACGUCAGGGCCCACACGGUGGAGAUCCACCCCGGGGUCACCAAGAUUGUGGUGAGGCCGAAUGGUUCGCUCGAGGUGCUGUCUCUGGACCAGCUGGAGCUCGACAUGUGGCGGUUCCGCCUGCCCGAGUCGACCCGACCGGAGCUCGCCAGCGCGGUGUAUGCCGACGGGGAAUUGAUCGUGACGGUGCCCAAGGGCGGGGAGGACGGGGAGGAUGAGGACGCGGUGGAGGGCGGCGGGAAUGGCGGCGGCGGUGAUGGGGAUGUUUGGGGAGGAGGUAAUGGGAAUAGGCUCGUAAUUGUACAGUAAAUAAAAAUCUCUCUUUUUUUUUUCUUUCUUUUUCUGGAGUUCCCUUUUCUGCCCCUGGCUCAUUGUUGUUGUUGGGUGGUCUCCUUUCAGUCUGCAAGUUAGUUUUGACUUUUAGAGGUUCCUGAUGGAGCUGAAGCCCUCUGUGAUGUUUCGUUCUGCUGAAUUGAAGAUGAAAAAAAAAAAAAUUCUGAAUGUUGCUUCCUUU